UUCCUCUCAGCUGGGAUCGCGCCGCGUCAACUUCCGGGCGGAUGCCCGCCAGCACGGCCUCCGCCGCUCCCCUUCUUUGGCCCCUUUGUGUCCCCGCAGUGUCGAGGCGCGGGCCCUGGCAGGUCCUUUCUCGAGGCAGGGGGCACGGUAGCACAGGGAGCUUCUCUUUGUGGGCGGGCGCGAGGCUCGCUAGGGGGUUAUACUGGGGAACGUGCCUGCGCGUGCUUGGAUAGUUCAUUUAAAGCCCCCAUCCCUGCAAGGUGGUGCUUUCUACCAAUAUGAAUCUUUUCAACCUGGACCGUUUUCGCUUUGAGAAAAGGAAUAAGAUUGAGGAAGCGCCCGAAGCAACCCCUCAACCUUCCCAGCCUGGCCCUUCUUCACCAAUUUCUCUUAGUGCUGAAGAGGAGAAUGCUGAAGGGGAAGUUAGCAGGGCAAACACUCCUGAUUCAGAUAUAACUGAAAAAACAGAAGAUUCUAGUGUUCCAGAAACUCCAGAUAAUGAAAGAAAAGCAAGUAUAUCAUAUUUCAAAAAUCAAAGAGGAAUACAGUAUAUUGAUUUGUCUUCUGAUAGUGAAGAUGUCGUUUCCCCAAAUUGCUCCAAUACAGUUCAAGAGAAAACAUUCAACAAAGAUACAGUGAUUAUAGUUUCUGAGCCAUCUGAAGAUGAAGAGUCCCAAGGCCUUCCUACCAUGGCACGUAGAAAUGAUGAUAUUUCAGAAUUGGAAGACCUUUCGGAAUUGGAAGACCUUAAAGAUGCUAAACUUCAGACUUUGAAGGAACUUUUUCCACAGAGAAGUGACAAUGAUUUACUUAAGUUGAUUGAAUCAACAAGCACUAUGGAUGGAGCAAUUGCUGCUGCCUUGCUGAUGUUUGGUGAUGCAGGUGGUGGGCCCAGGAAAAGAAAAUUAUCUUCUUCUUCAGAGCCAUAUGAGGAAGAUGAAUUUAAUGAUGAUCAAUCUAUAAAAAAGACAAGACUGGAUCAUGGAGAAGAAUCAAAUGAGUCUGCAGAAUCUAGCAGUAAUUGGGAAAAGCAGGAAAGUAUUGUACUGAAAUUGCAAAAGGAAUUUCCCAAUUUUGAUAAACAGGAACUUAGAGAAGUACUCAAGGAACAUGAAUGGAUGUACACAGAAGCUUUAGAAUCUCUAAAAGUGUUUGCAGAAGACCAAGAUAUGCAAUAUGCAUCACAAAGUGAGGUUCCAAAUGGAAAAGAAGUUUCUUCAAGAAGUCAAAAUUACCCUAAAAAUGCAACUAAAACAAAACUAAAACAGAAAUUUUCAAUGAAAGCACAAAAUGGCUUUAACAAGAAACGUAAAAAAAAUGUUUUUAAUCCAAAGAGAGUUGUUGAAGACUCUGAAUAUGAUUCAGGUUCUGAUGUCGGUAGUUCACUAGAUGAGGACUAUAGUAGUGGUGAAGAAGUGAUGGAGGAUGGCUAUAAAGGUAAAAUUCUUCACUUCCUUCAAGAUGCUUCAAUUGGUGAACUUACUUUGAUUCCUCAGUGUUCUCAGAAAAAGGCUCAGAAGAUAACAGAACUCCGGCCCUUUAAUAGUUGGGAGGCUCUGUUCACAAAGAUGUCCAAAACUAAUGGCUUAUCAGAAGAUUUGAUAUGGCACUGUAAAACACUGAUCCAAGAAAGAGAUGUAGUUAUAAGGCUUAUGAACAAAUGUGAAGACAUUUCAAAUAAAUUGACCAAACAAGUUACCAUGCUUACUGGAAAUGGAGGUGGAUGGAACAUAGAACAACCUUCCAUUCUAAACCAAAGUUUGUCACUCAAGCCCUAUCAGAAGGUUGGUUUGAAUUGGCUGGCAUUGGUACAUAAACAUGGACUUAAUGGCAUUUUGGCAGAUGAAAUGGGCCUAGGAAAAACUAUUCAAGCCAUUGCAUUUCUGGCAUACCUCUAUCAGGAGGGUAAUAAUGGUCCUCAUUUGAUCGUUGUUCCAGCUUCAACUAUAGAUAACUGGUUAAGGGAAGUUAAUUUAUGGUGCCCUACUUUGAAGGUCCUCUGUUACUAUGGUUCUCAAGAAGAACGUAAACAAAUUAGAUUUAACAUUCAUAGUAGAUAUGAAGAUUACAAUGUAAUUGUGACCACAUAUAACUGUGCGAUCAGCAGUUCUGAUGACCGUAGUCUGUUUCGACGGCUGAAACUUAAUUACGCAAUUUUUGAUGAGGGCCAUAUGCUGAAGAAUAUGGGCUCCAUUCGCUACCAGCACCUUAUGACAAUUAAUGCAAAUAACCGUUUGCUGCUCACAGGCACACCUGUACAGAACAAUCUGUUAGAACUCAUGUCGCUGUUGAAUUUUGUUAUGCCACACAUGUUUAGUAGUAGCACCAGUGAAAUACGAAGAAUGUUUUCCUCUAAGACAAAAUCAGCAGAUGAGCAAAGCAUAUAUGAAAAGGAGAGAAUAGCACAUGCAAAACAAAUUAUAAAGCCAUUUAUUCUCAGAAGAGUAAAAGAAGAGGUUCUCAAGCAGUUACCCCCCAAGAAAGAUCGAAUUGAGUUGUGUGCAAUGUCGGAGAAGCAGGAGCAACUCUAUUUGGGUCUUUUCAACAGAUUGAAAAAAUCUAUCAAUAACUUGGAAAAAAACACAGAAAUGUGCAAUGUCAUGAUGCAGUUGAGGAAAAUGGCCAAUCAUCCUUUAUUACAUCGCCAAUAUUACACAGCUGAAAAACUCAAGGAAAUGUCUCAGCUUAUGCUAAAGGAACCUACACAUUGUGAGGCUAACCCUGACCUGAUCUUUGAAGAUAUGGAAGUUAUGACAGACUUCGAACUACAUGUACUUUGUAAACAGUACCGACACAUUAAUAACUUUCAGUUAGACAUGGACUUGAUUUUAGAUUCUGGAAAAUUUCGAGUUUUAGGAUGCAUCUUGUCUGAACUGAAACAGAAGGGUGAUAGAGUUGUGUUAUUUAGCCAAUUUACCAUGAUGCUGGAUAUCUUAGAGGUUCUAUUAAAACAUCAUCAGCAUAGGUACCUCAGAUUAGAUGGAAAGACUCAGAUUUCUGAAAGGAUUCAUCUAAUUGAUGAGUUUAAUACCGAUAUGGAUAUCUUUGUGUUUCUGCUAUCAACAAAAGCUGGUGGAUUAGGAAUAAAUCUGACUUCAGCAAAUGUUGUUAUACUUCACGAUAUUGACUGUAAUCCUUAUAAUGACAAACAAGCAGAAGAUAGAUGCCAUAGAGUAGGCCAGACUAAAGAAGUACUAGUUAUAAAACUAAUAAGCCAAGGGACGAUUGAAGAAUCCAUGCUAAAAAUUAACCAACAGAAAUUGAAACUAGAACAGGAUAUGACUACAGUAGAUGAAGGUGAUGAAGGGAGUAUGCCAGCAGAUAUAGCCACAUUACUAAAAACAUCAAUGGGCCUGUGAAAUAAGAACUGUGAACUCUCAAUUGAUGAGGAAAUAUCAACUUGGUGCACUCAAGGACAUUUACAUUAUGAUGACCAUGGGGUUUAUGAACAUUUAUAACUUUUUAUAAUUUCCAUAUUACAUUUCUCAUAGUAUGGACAACUUUUUGCCACUAACUGAAUUCUCCAAAUACUCACAUGUGAAAUUUCAAAAAAGAAGCCACAAAUAUGUAGUUCUGAAGAUGUUGAAUAAUCAUUUUACAAAGCAGUUUUCUGAAUGGGGAUUAGUUGGUGAUUGUUUGUAACAAAUAUGCUAAUGCUUUAGAAAUGUCAGUAUUUUUGUAAUUAUUUCUACCUCCAAAUAUAUAUAUAUUGUCUUUCACUGGAUAAUGUGUGUAGAUUUUUACAUGUGCCUUAUUUGACAAUGCUUAUGUCUUGUUUUUGCUUGUCUCAUUUGAAGUUCUUUUUUAUUAUGUUAAAGAAUGCAGCUGUAUAGAUUAUAUAGCUUUCAUUUUAUUGCUAUUUGAAGCAGAUGUUCACCAAUGUCAGCAAGAACUCAACCUGAAUUUAAAGGUGGCAUUCCAUAUACUAACAUCCCCCAGGUCCUCUCAAGUACUUCUGCUGAAACAAAUUUGUUUGGCUAGGCACUAAGUUGUUUUCCAGUGAAUAGUAACUAAAGAAGCCCCUACCUUGCUCCAUGGAUUAUUCCUUCUGUUCAUUUUCCAACUGCACUAAUUGUGCAUAUUACUCUGCCUAAUCUUGUGCAUGUUUUCAUUGGUUUCCCUCUCCCGGCUUUUGCUUCUCUUGAAACUGUUGCCCAGUCACUUCUGCUCCAAUUCUCUUCCUCUCUAAAUAGUAGUUUAUUACUGCCACAUCUCCAUGCAUCAGCAAAAUGUUGGUGACAUUUUUCUAGCCUGGCAGAACAGAUUACUUAAAGCUAUUUCACUUCAAAGCAGACUGAAUGUGACUUCAUCUAAAGGCAGCAUUAGGUACUGCAUGGAAAUAGGUCAUUAACUUGAAACUCUUAUCAAAAUAUAUUUUACCAGUUUCCAGAAUUUCCAGUACAGGACCGCCUGAAGAGAGAGCCAUUGUUCAAUUCCAAUUCAGUGUGAGUGACAAAGUGAAAUUUAGAAGUGAAGUUGUCUAUUUGAUAUUUAACUCUUUAUUAAAUCUUUCUUUAAAUUUCUGCCUGUCAGUCUAUAUUGCUGUUUUUAUUAUACAUCAUUUUCUUUGUAUAACUUGUGAGUUCCAUGUGUUUUGUUUUUAUUAUGUAAAUAUCAUUAUAAAUAAACUUAUUUAUAAAUCAAAGAUUUGUUAAUUUUUGGAAAUCAUGCUUUUCAAAGCAUCCUAACUUGCUAAGAUGCUAGGUAAUACGACCCUCUGGAUUUGGAAGGCAAAUAAAACUCUUACAGUGAUUAUUUAGAUAUUAAAGACUGAGAACUCAUGGCUUAACCCCAGUCUUGAUGGUAUAUUGAACAGACUGAAUAUAUUUUACCAUUACAGGGCUAAAAGGAGUCUUCAUGUGUUAAUACUACCUCCUUGUACAUCACCAUACCCAAAUCAGUUAUUCAAAUUGUUAGGAAUUUUACCUUUUAAAAUCUCAUAAUGGAUUUCUCAUGUUUUCUGUAUUAAUGUAUUUUCAAUGAUAGGCUGUUUCUUUUUUUGUUGUUGUUGUUGUUGUUAUAUCCAUACUUUUAUCUCUAAUGAAAUGUAGUUGGGUUCUUCCUGUAAUGCGCUAUUAUGUCUUGGGCUUAAUAAAAAUAUUUGUGAUCA